GGUUGGCAUUAGGUUGGGUGACUCGGAGGGAUGGGCGGGGUCAGGGUGAAAGGGUUGCCCAGGUCACAGAUGGCCCUGGCAGCACGGCUCUGUAACGUUCAGGCCUGCAGAGCUGCGAGCCGAGCGCUGUACUCCCAUCUGUCAGGCUGCAGUGAAAGCCGCGGGGUGGAGGAUUUACCAGCCCAUUAACUUGCUGAUCUUAUACUAAGAGACAAACACACUCUGGCAACAACGCAUGAAGUGUACGCACUUUCACGAAGACUUUCACUGAUUACUUCUGUUGACUAGCCUUAAACUUCCUCCACUACAUGACUAAAAUAAGCCCUCAAAGAAAAUUUAAGGGAAAAAUUUAACAUUUUUGACUGAAUCUAGUCCACCCUCUAAUAGCUGCAAACUUACUUCAAAAUAAACUUUAUCUUUUCUCUGAGCUGCUUUCACAAGAUUCAAUUCACAAAGAAUCUUAAAAACUUUUAUUUCUGCCCUUUUUAAAGCAAGUCUGUAUUUUUUAUUAUGUUUAAUUACUCAGUGAAGUACUUGAAAUUGCCUCUGAUUACAAAAUGUGAUGAAUAAAUAUAGCUGCCCUGUCUUGUUUUCAUCUGAUUGGUAUAUUCUGAACCAAGAGCCCAUCUUCAUCUCCUAGAUCUCCACGCAGUUUCACAAAUAUGAUGAUAUAUUGGGUCAGACAAAAUAAUGUUCUUUGAAUAUUGAUCUCUUACCAAUGUGCCAAUAUCAAUCAGUUUAAAUCAUUAAAAAUAUGGCAAUACCAGCGAUAAAUUGGUAUCUGUAAGCAGAACAUUUAAAGCAGAGACAAAUCUUGGCUUGCUUCAGAAAUGUUGUUAUCACAUGAUUUGUUCUGCAGAGCACGCCCACACUCAGAGUUCAAAAUACUCUCAGCGCGGUCUGCAGUUUCUGCACCAGGAUUGCUAGACUGUGUCUAUAUUUGUUCUCUAGAAAAUUCUGUGUUUCAGUGUUGGCUUUGGUUCUUUUCAUCUUUCUCUUAUUUUAAGCAUGUUUCAAUGACUUUGAUCAUGAUGGUGUGUCCUUUCACUACCUAAUAAUCCUCUUAAGUUUUGUAACUGAAGCUAUAUAUAAAAUUUCAAAUAAUAUUACAAACAAUGUCAAAACUAGAGUGGUUAAAACUAGAUUGUGACUCCUCCUCGACAGUCAAAUUACUUGAGGAAAUUAACAGACCACUAGAUAAGAAACUGUUUUGUGGUCUUAUGAGAGAUGCGUAAAAUCGGAUUCUAAAAAAAACUGCAUCAACUUCUUGCAUUCAAAAUCUUCACAGUAUUCAUUUAGCAUUCAUCCCGGUACACUUACUGGACUCAUUGGUGAAUCAUUUCGACUCUGAUUCUGGUCGAGACUGUUUUAUCUGCAGCCAUAACUUCACUGUGAAACUGUGUAAUGAAGAAGUUAACAGACCAAGACUUACUGCACUUUUGUGCUGCAGAGAUCUGGUGAAAGCAGCAUUAAAGGAAGCUCUCUGAAAUGUAAGACCGACUGCAUCAUGCGGGUGCAAUUUUGCACUACUUUACAAUCUUACCUACUCAUCUGCCCUGGUGCAUACAAGUCUGGGCUCAAAUUUUGUCCAAAUUCAAGCCAUAACCCUUGACUACAUAAAAAUAAUGUUUAUUGAUCACUAAGGAAAAAUGUAAUCAUAACCCUGUCUUGUAUACCUAACAGUUUGGAUAAUCUGCCUCAUUUUAUAUAAUGCGACUGAAUAAUUUAGUAUUAAUGUUCUGGUUCAGGACAGUUAGUUGAAGAAAACACCAAUUAAAGGCUUUAUAUUCAAUUGACAAACCAGAAAAUAGAGAAAACAACAGCUUGUAUUUGUCGGUUUAAGACUGAAUUUAUCAUCAGUUGCAUCUGUCCGCUCUUUGGAGGAAUCUCCUCAUCUUUCUAUUUUUGACAGCAUGAAUCAUCCUCUUACAUAUCCCCCUCUCUCUCUCCUUACACUCACAAUCAUACACUUACACACACACACACACACACACACACACACACCUACAAACAUACGGUCUAUGUUGGGUUUCAUCAAUAGUCGUGUUACUUACAUAGUGUUUACAUGAAGACUACGCCACUGCUCCAAGGGGAUACCAUUAAUCCAUGAACAAGUGCCAAACUGCCAAGUCGUGCUUUUAUUUUGAAGGCUUACUUGCUUCUCAAAUCUCCUCUCAUGGCCUUGACUGGUUCUGUGUUAAGAAGGUAGAGAAACCUUUCUUUUUUUAAAGGUUGGUGACUAUUGUAAAUCUAUCUGCAUCCUGUUCCUUCAAAAUGCACUGAAAGGAAACAAUCUAUUAAUGAUAAAGGCGUUACUCAAGAAAAGAAACACGCAAAUGUUGAUAUCACACAGGAUUUCUAUGUAUCCUAUGUAGAGCAUAGCCUGACACCUCUUCACAUAAGGGCAGCAAACUGUCACCUGUCUAAAUGUUUCCCUUUUACCCUUAUAUGAGUCUAAAUGAAAUCUCCGCAGGUGUCGAGUCCGCCAUGAGCGAAAACGACUCGAACAAAUUCCUGCCCCACACCAAACCCGGUGUCCCCCUCUCACGAGCUGCCGGGUGGGACAUCCACUCGUGUAAGCCUACCUGCAUGUCAGAGGAGGAGAGGCCCGGGUCCGGAUGCUGCAGCAGUCCUCAUCGCCCCCUUGUUCCCGUGCCUGCUCGGCUGGCUCGGUUUGAGUCUGUUUUGUCCCUCCAGACAACUUGCUGGGAUUAAAGCGGAGAGCUCAGCCCCUCCUCCUGCACCGUGACAUCAGAGCGGAUUAGCGAUGCACAAAGCGCCUUUACAAACAGUGCUGAUGCUGCUGGUGGUGCAGAGCAGACACAAACGGUGCUUUACGGCCAUGAGUGAACCCUCAUCCCUCCCACUCCAUCAGCUGCCUGCAGAGAGCUGCUGGGGCUCUGCCCGCCUGCUGCAACGCCGAGCUCUUAUAUUCCCACGGUCUGUCGGGGGUGUCGCUGUUAUCUGCUGUUGGAUCUUUCUCAUGUAAUGAACUCCUCAAGCUCCUCAAGCACCUGAAGGGCUGGAGGGAAGAAGUGAGUGCAACCCUGCUGGUACUGUAACUCCAAUCGUGUUUCCACGUGUUUGACGGCAGUUUGGGGGACAUAGCUUGUUUGGUCACAUUUGCAGAAGUUUAAAGGGAUAUUCCGGUGUAAAAUUAAUUUGGGGUCAGACACACCGUAACACCGAGUUAGACACCCCCUCGAGAGAUGAAUGUUGCUGACCACCUGCUUCUCGAGUUAUACCAACUUUAGUAAGGACCACAGACAGCAAUACACAGCGGUCUGAUGAGCCACACACAAACCUCAACCAAAACGCCACUCUAUAGCCACAAGUAAUGCUCAGAACAGCACCUAACUUCAUCAACAGUACAUAUAGGGUCUCAGCCACAGCACUAGCUACCAAACAUCUUUUUAAUUUAGCCUAAUUUCUUUAGCAAAGAGACAAAACACAGCUAAGCCAGCUGCCGCUUGUUUAUAGCGAGACCUCAGGCCAGUCCAUUACGGGCUGCAGCGGGGUGACGCAGCUCAAGGAAGAACAUUUAUGAUCAUUUCUUUAUCAUUUCCUUGAAGUAAUAAUCACCAUAUUAAUUAUUUCGCACUGCAGACGUGGUAGUUCUUCUGCCUUAGCGUCUCGGUCUGAUUGCAUUUGAAUGAAGUAAUGAUCAUAAAUGUUCUUCCUUGAGCUGCGUCCCCCGCUGCAGUCCGUAAUGGACUGGCCUGAGGUCUCGCUACAACCAAGCGGCAGCUGGCCGAGUUGUGUUUAGCCUCUUUGCUAAAGAAAUUAGGCUAAAUUAAAAAGAUGUUUGGCGGCUAGUGCUGUGGCUAGGACCCUAUAUGUACUGUUGAUGAAGUUAGGUGCUGUCCUGAGCAUUAUUUGUGGCUAAAGAGUGGCGUUUUGGUUGAGGUUUGUGUGUUUCCAUAGACUGCUGUGUAUUGCAAUUGUGCGGUCAUUACUAAAGUUGGUAUAAAUAGAGAAGCAAGCAGUUGGCAGUAUUCAUCUCUCGAGGGGGUGUCUAACUCAGUGUUACAGUGUGUUUGACCCUAACUUAAUUUUACGCCAGAAUAUCCCUUUAAUCUGGCUGAAAUUUAAUAAAACUAACUAUUAGUUUUAAAAAGGGCAGUUCAGGAGAGUGUGUUGAAUGUGGGUUUUACCAUAAGUAGUAAUAAUAAUAAAAAAGGUUUGGGUGGAUAAUAUACAGAUGGAUGAGUUGAAUCCAAACUGCAACUUCCAGGCAUGAUAAAUAACACCAACCCUUAAGUGUCCACUUGAAGUUGGCUGCAGAGCACCAGAGAACACACAUGUAUUCAAAAAAGGCCGUCUUUGCAACUUCUGCUAAUAGCCUUUAAAACUAGUCUAUGGUUACACCCUUGGCUUUAUGUAAAAAUGAACUGCACAACAGUUCCCUCUAAGGUGAGGCCAAACAUUUAGUGCUCCCCCUACUGCCUGGCUGCUGUAAAGGUCAUAUAGUACACUUUCUUCAUGUUGACCUUUGGUACAAGGUUAGGGGCUGUGUCCACUGUCUCUAUCUGCUUUUUUAUUUAUUUAUUUAUUUUUUUGGAGCUGCUCUCUCGGAGCUCUCAGCUGACAAUAGGAGAACUUUUGUUACAGGUCAGGUAGGUGAGUUGUUAUUUUUUACUUAUAUGAAGAAGUAAGCUCCUGUUGCUAAAAAAAAUUAGAUUCCUAGAGAGUAGAAAAACUGAUUGAAAAAGAUCUCAGUACCACAGUGAGAAGUAAUUCAUUCAUCUAUAUCUUUGUUAUUUCAAUCAACUGGUACUUCAUGCAUGUUUGUUUGUGACCACUUUUUGUAGUUGCUGCUCUAGUGGCUGAAUGUAAAUGCAGCAAACUGGUCUUUUUUUCACCUAAGUGAUUUAAUCUUGAGCAUUUAAGUAUUUGGAAGCUUUGAUAAGCUCAGACAUUACACAUGGAAAUGCAAAUAUGUGUGAAAAGGUUCUCUCGCUGUUGAUUUUUUUGCAUAUCUGUGUAAAAAUUCCUCAAAACCCCAUAAUUCCAGGCCUAGUAUUCUUGCUUUUUGGCAGACUUGUAUUAUAGAAGAUACAGUAACUAUUCAUAGCUGAUACACAAUGUACAGACUGGAGUGUGAAGCAGGGGGGCGGUGUUUGCAGGGCUCCUGGCACGAUAAUCCGGCCCCAUUUCUGUGUCAUGAAAGGCCUGGUGGAGCAGAUCAACAGGGCCUGUGUCUGCACAUUGUUGAGCCCUGGUAACGCAUUCUCACCUAAGUCACGUGCGCCCUUCCGCCGGAGCACCCGUUACCGUGACAACAAUAUGUGACGGAGGAUGGUGAUGGUGUGAAGUGGUAUCCAUGGCAUCGGAUCUUUUAUUGCAGCCACAUUUUUUUUUUUAACCCACACAAUCAAGCCAGCACUGCUCUGUAAAGUACUGGCUGUGAACUUUUGAGUAAAAGUGGAGGCGUGGGCAACACAACACACAAGUCCAGAGCCAAUCAGAAUGCUCCCAAGUGUGGAGAGCAGUUUGCAGAAUCAGGUCACCAGAGUGUAUCUGAGGUAGUGUUAUCAUUCUGCUUCCGGCAUUAAAUCAUGUCAAACAAACCUAUAUUUCGUGCUGUGAGUGAAAUGCACUGCCGCCCUACUUCUAGAGACAUCAAUAAUUUGUCACCGUCUCUGCAUACAUGAAGGCAUACAUGUUCUGUGUUCAGAUGCAUAUACCAUGCAGUGAGAAUAGACUGAACCCAUUUUGAAUUAAUGCACAUAAAUGUUUCAUAUUAGCUCUUCACAGAGUCAUUUCCUCUCACGCAAGAAAUGCAUGCAUGGCCUCAAUCCAAAAUGCACCCUACACUUUCUUGUUUAUGAGACAGUCAGGCUUCAUUUAUACCUACUUAUGCUUUGAGAUGGCCUGUGGGUGGCGCUUUUAAGCUGGAACGUAUCAGUCCCCUACAUUUUUACUAACCACUGGAAGUUUCACCAAGUUAAGGGCAUUGUUUCCUCCCAGGAGUAGACUGAUAUUUGUCAGACAGUUAAAAAAUUACUUCUUUUUUUUUUCCUUUCCUUUUUUAAUUUUUUUUUAUUUUUAUUUUUUAAGGGUGAUUGUUUGUAUUUAUUUUAAUUAUAUGAAAAAUACUAUCAAAAUAAAGUCUGACUGAUUGUUUUAUUUAUUUAUUUAUUCCCUAUUCCUCCUCACUUUGGCCAUUUACUCAGAUGCAAACUGUGUAAGUGUGAGGAAUUAGAUUUUUAUUCUCAUGUUAUCCCUUACUGAUCAAGAAGGAAAACCAUAAGCCACAACAGGACUUGUUUUCAGUAACAAGAGCAUUUUUUAUAACCAGUGGCUGAAGAAGAGGCAGGGGGGAAAGGGGUUUAAGGUCCUCCCAGGAAAUUUGGGGAGUCCAACAUUUAUGCAGCAUUUCAUGCUGAAAUAUAAUAAUGCCAAAAAACAAAACAAAACAAAAAAGUCUAACUUAUUAACAUGCAUAGUACAGCCAUUUGAAAAAUAUCUCAGCAACAGAGCAGAGGUGGAGCAGGAGCCCUCAGGCGGAUCAUCCAGAGGCAGAAGAUGAACCGAACAGUCCCACUUACUCUGAUAGGAAAAUAAGUUCAGGAUUUCCUCAAGUAAACUGCCUUGGAAGUAACUGACAGUUUUAAAAUAUAUGGUUUUAUUUUGCGAUACGAUACUCAUCUAAGUUGAAUUGGAUGAUGUAAAAAAAAAAUAGUGUUAUUCAGGUUACACCUUCAUAGUUCAAAUGACCUUCACAGUUCUUUUUACAAACUAUUAAAUGCUCCAGCAGAUGGUGCAAAAACACAGUAUUUCACACAGGUGUCCUCUUAAAAUAAGAGAUUUUCCAUAUCCUCUCAUGUCAGUAGCAAAUUUGAAAUCGAAAAAUUCAAGUGUAAAAAAAAAACAUUGAGGAAAAUCAGUUCUAGUAUAUUGAUGAAAACAGCCUUUAAAGCUUCUUGUUUGGGUUUCUUGGACUGAGGCGGUGGUCUGAGAUGUUCCCAGAGGAGAGAGAGAGAGGGGUGGAGGGCCAGAGGGGACGAAAUCUUCUUGGUACUCUGGCAGAGAGUCACAUACCGAGGCAGAGAUGUCAUUACUAUUAAAUGGUUUAUUAUGGUCAUGUAACGGUAGUUAAGCCUGAUGAACAGUUCCACUGGCUGAUUUUAACAGAGUUUAAUGACAAGAAGAUCUGCAGCUUCUCACUUGGAGAGGAGUCUGGUUUAUUGAAGUUCCAGAUUUUGGGUUUAAGCAGAGCAAAUUACUGUAAAAGAAGUGCAUAUAAAUGUAAAGUGCAUCUAGAAGCUGUAGUAGAAUGAAGAAAUGUAAGUGUUUCUUUAAUUGAAAGUGGAUACAAAGCAACAAAGAAAACAUGAUUUUCUGGUUAGAAUCAAACAAAACUUCUCAUUUCAAAGUUUUCUUGCAUCUUUGGUUAUGUUCCUUUGCUAACUUUCUUUACAUGCCUUCUAGUCUGGUGUACCAUAAAUGCACAUAACAAAGAAAUUACAUAAGCAAUUAGUCUAUUUAAUCUUGCUGUAACUUUCUUUUGAGCAUUCAAAGAAAAAAAGAUCUUCUGGUCCCUCAUGUCACUUACCUGUGUCUGUUGUAUGGUCCAAUAAAGCAUGUCAACACAUUGUUUAAACUCAAACUGCACUUGUGUUAUUUCUCCUGGGAUUGCAUCUAAAUGUGAACACUUGAUCGUGUUGAUUCUGGCACUCUUGAGUUGUUUAUUGAAGCCUGGUCUCGUUUAGAGCGAAAGAGAAAACCAGAUGAGUGAUAGGAAUUUGUCUGGAAUUGAGAAAACGCAGACACCUCCAAAUUCAAUCAAAGCCAAAGUGACUGCUGCCACUCUGCUUUCCGAUGACUUUUGCACAGCACACUUUUCCUCUUGAGGUGACUCGAUCCUCUGUGUUUCUUGAAGAGAAAGUUUACUCAACUGCUUUCAGACUUCCUGGACACAAUCAGGAGAUAAUUUAGGCCCACAUCUGCACUGAGAGCUCUCAGCACCUUAUUAAAAGACGAGGACUGACCAUGAACAACUGCAGAGAGGGAGAAAAAGACAGAGGGCAGAGACAGAAGGUCUAACAGAUGGAUCGCAAAUGUGGAUGCAAGAGCUCAGAAUAAUAAAAUUAAAGCAAAGUGUCCAAAAUCCUGCAUACUGCAUUCAUUUCUCUCCAUUUUUUGAAACCUUUUUUUUAUGCAUUGUUGGUAAAGUAAAGGUUUCCACAGGAAGACAUGCUAACUCAUCCUCAGAGGACAAUUUUAUUCAAGUGAGACUAGUGGAAACAGCAUGAGAGGAACUAUAGGCUUUUACUGACUGCACAUGUCGGAUUAUGGCUUAAAAAAUAUGGACUGCCUACAUGCUGUCAAAGGCUGAAACCACAUCAGAUACAGCAGAUAGAUUCAAGAGGUUUUGACUCCGCAGGUUUGUUGGAGUUUAGAUCAUCUGUGUAUUUAGGCCUCUCCUUAAACAGAGAAGCCCCAUGAUGCCUCUCUCAGAUGGGGCUUCAAAGGCAGACGAAGAAAAACAUGCAGGAAAACGAAAUAUGUUGAUCAAAUAUGCUAAAUACAAGUGAGUGAGAACAUGCAACACAUAUGUGACUGAUAAAAAGAGUGACGGCCUUUGUUACAAUGAAGGGCUUUGAUUGUAGGUGUUGGACAUGGUUGAAUUCAGUGCUGUACAUGUGAUGCACAUGUGUUGGUACUGCAGUGUGAGGAAGUUUACAGCAAGGAGUCUCUAUUUUCCAUAAUUUCUUCAUGCACUUAAUGUAGUUUUUUACUUUAAUGUAAUUCUCUGUUUUCCCAUGCCUUUUACAACUUCCCUUCUCUCAUUUCAUACUUUAUUUUCUUACCAGCAGCCCCUCCUCCCUCUCUUUCUCUCUCCAUCCGUCCGUCUUUUCUUCCUUUCAGUGCCAUCACUCACCUUCUUUCUCCUCCUCCUCCUCCCUCUUUCCUUCUCAGACUUCUCUCUCUCUUUUUCUCCUCCUCCUCCCUGUUCUGCCGUCCAGACACACACCUCCUGACAGAGAGUCUGCAGUGUGCUGCUGCUCUGUGAGCUGUGGAGACGCUCAGACUAAAGGGAACCUACAGGAACAAACUUGGGGCACAAGUUUUUUUUUUCUCUCUUUUUCCAACUGUGGAUGCAAACAGAGGAUCUUCUCUUUCUUUUCUUAUUUCAUCUGAGGGUUGAUUGACUUCCACAGAGAGCUGCAAUGCUUCUCUUCUACCUCCUGACUUUUGCUGGUAAGUGCAUUUGAGCGGCAGUGCCAGUACUGGUGCAUGAUGGCAUGUUUCUGUUAAUGCCAGUUGCAAUGAUUCAUACUUACCAUUGCCUCUCUCUCUCUUACUGUAUGCCUCCUAUUUUUUCCCUCUUAAAGCUACCAUCCAAGCACAAAACCAACUGUUGCCAGGCUCCUGCAACUUUGAGUCCAACACCUGCGGAUACACGUCAGACGCAGACUUCACGAGCUGGGAGCUGCACAAAGAUGGUACUGGCAGAGCGUCUUCAACUCUUUUAUUUUUUCAGUGUUGGAGGUUGAACACAGUUUAGACUUUAUUGUGGCUUUGCUAAUGUAAGUAACAUGUUCAGCUUUGAUGCUGCCGUUGUUUUGGUGCUGGUUUUAGCCAUACCAUUGACGCACAGUGGUAAAGACACCCAUCUGGUCUGCAUUGAUUCCAACAUCUGUGAACAUCUGGAGUGAAUGAAAUAGCAGAUUUAGGUAUUCAUGCGGGGUUGGUACUGGAGCUGAUACAGACGGGGCCUGAACACACCCCUAAAUACAUGAUGUCAGGCUCUAUUCAUCUAAAGUGACAUAAGGUAACAAGUAUAUUAACACCUUUAUAAAAUUAAAAUUUUCCCUGUUAUAGAAAUAAUAAAAUGUCAAUAAUGUUCUCAGUAGCUUUAUCUGCACUGAGAUCUAGCUGUGGAUACAUCUGGAAACCUCUGUCUCAUAUGUCUCAUUAGCAGCAGGAUCCCAUCACAUUAGCAGUAACAUGCAGAGAGGCUGGGGUCCCGCUAUCAUUUCCAAACACUCUCCUCGCUCUUUGACCUUUUACUGAUAAAAGGGAAAAAAAGUCCAUCCCUGAACUGAAUAACUUGGCUAGAAACCUAGAUUUGGCGAGUCAGUAUAAUGAAUGAUGCAACAGCUCUGGUCAGACUAUGUGAAAUGUGUAUAAUUCAUUUCAGGAAAGGGACGAUAUUCCUGAUCUUCUGUCUACAGAACUUAUCAGAGUGGAAUAACUAAUAAAAUAAAAUUAUCAUGAUAAUAUUAUUAUUGUUUUGAACCUUCACUCGCUGUAGUCCGGUUAAAGAAGUAGGGUGCUCAUUCAUGUGAUGGAAUUAUUACACUUGUAUGCCAACUCUUGUGGUAAAAUAAUUAUAAUAAUAAUGCAUUAGAUUUCAUAUAGCGCUUUAUCAGAGACCCUCAAUGUGCUUUACAUUGGAUACAUCAUUCAUUCACUCACACACACAGUCACACUUUGGUGGUGGUAAACUACCUUAAUAGUCACAGCUGCCCUGGGGCAGACUGACGGAAACGUGGCUGCCAGUUUGCGCCUACGGCUUCUCCGACCACCACCACACAACACUCACAAUCAUACACCAGUGGAGGACACACACUGGGAGCAAGGUGGGUUAAGUGUCUUGCCCAAGGACACAAUAACACAAUGGACAGACUCAGGAUAGGGGGGAAUUGAACUGCCAACCUUUGGGUUAUUAGAUGACCGCUCUAUCUCCUGAGCUACUGCCACCCUACCUGUGGUGAUAGUCCACAGGUGUCCCACAGCAACCAUUAAACUCUGCAGUCAGUUUAGGUAAUAUGUAAACGUGCAAUAUUAUUUUUAACGCAAUAUUAGCUGAUUUGUACGGUAAAUUCCAGAAAAUUUGCACCAGUAUAUACGAUGCAUCGUUGGAUUGUUUUUUAUACGGGUUGGUUCACUUAGUUGGGAUAAGAAUACCGUGAAAAAGCAGUAAUGGAAAAAAAAACAGUUUUUGGUUUGAUUAGACAUUUGGUGCUGAGACUAUUUCCUGACCUAAACCAGCCCAGAGCAGUGACUCAGACGGUGUGAUGUUAGACUGAUAACUGAUUGCUUUUGCUCCAUUGAGCAGUGUAUUCAGACCCUAAUCUAAUCCUCUUUUAAAUCCUUCACAGAUGAGUUCCUGACAUUUCCUCAUUAGUUUCAGGACAGUCAGACCAUCAAACAUGCACCUCACAGCAGGAGAUUAUCAGGCAAAGUCUCACAACUUCAUUAGACUAAGGGGAGGACCUGGGUAGCACUUGCCUAAAAAGGGAGAGGAGUACUCAAUACUCCUCCUACUGAUGCUUUAUUAUUGUCACAACAAGAUGUAUAAGAAUGUUUCUGCAAAGUGCAUCAUGCAACAAGGCUGAGCGACAGAAUUUUACAAGAGGACCGGCAGUGAAAAGUCUGCAGACAGUCAGGUGAACAGAUUUAGUAAUUUAUGUUCACGUAUGUAGCAAGCUUCCAGGAGUGCUGUGCUUUAGAGACAGGGUUUAAAUCUCUCAUCUUCAUCGCAUUGGAUUGGUGUAGCAGCAGAUUUCUCCAUGCAUAGCCUUGUCCUGCAGUACCAGCAGGACAAGGCAGCAAGACCCUUCUGCUCAGAUUUAUUGCUUUUUUUCCCACCACAAUCUCUGCUCAUACUUGUCAGGAAUUUGCUGGGUUGUUGCAGACCAUCUCGCUGUCAGUCUUUCCUCUGGGAUGCCAUAGUUACUCUUUCUUUCCUUCGUUCCGUCCUUGUUGCUAUUGCCGCCGGCUUGUUUGAAAAGGUCAGUGCGGUUUGGUGCGGUGAUGGUGUUGCUGCUCGUUUAUUCUCCUCCCCAGUCUCUGCAGCACAGCUGAGGCUGCAGGAGGAGUGAGGUCAUGUCAAUUAAAUGAAGCACUUUUUAAGCUCUUAGUCGAGUCCAAAAAAGGGAAUGAGGCUGAGUGAAUAAAAAAAGAGUGUCAGUGGCACCAUGACUGUGAUAAAUUAUGCGUAAACUUGAAAAUGCAAAGUCAAAAACUUGCUCACAAUCAUAGAUUUUUGGAUAAAAAACAUAAAACUUAUCCAAUUGGAGGGUUGAAUGAGCUCAUUUCUAUAGUGAGUGUGUCAGUUUGGUUACAUGUGUGUUUAUCAUGUUAGGGAGCCUCAGGGCAGCAGGACUUUUCCACGGGACAAAUAAUAAAUGACAGACCAGGAAGGAGAGCUCAAAAGCCCCCGGAGCAGAGAAGAGGAGUUACUGUUGUGGCUGGGGUUGAAUUUCUUAUGAAUAGUACUUUAUCCUCUGAAUUUUUGCUGCUUUGUCCAAAAUAAUUGUUUCAUGAGUAACAGUAUUCAGUCUUUCACAUCUGUCCUCUCUAUUGUUACAGCCAAAAGAGAAACCUUUUGUGUUCCCCUUCUGGGAUUCAGGGGAGAUACUUGAAUUUACUCAAGGAUUUUCUUGAUCCUAUCCUCUCUACAAACAGAGUUAAAGCUGGGAGGAGAGUUGAACUAGUUAUGGGACAAACUGAAAUCAAUGCUAACCAUAAAAUCUGAAAUAUAAGUCACAAUGUAAUGGCAUGUGUAGUGGGUGGUCUCUCAGAGGGAAAUAGUGUCUUUUUGAGUGAUUAUUGCCAUUGCAUUCAGCAAAGUCUACAACUUGAGGUUUCUUUUUCAUUCUUUCUAGUCCCAUCUGUUUUCUUCAUCCUUUUGGCUACUGGUUCAGUAGUUAGGCUCAGCCAAGGGUGACUUUAGUAACUGUGAGGGUAACACACUAGGGAUGCCAACUCAAUGAUUAGAGCCAGAACUACCAGAGGUUAAACAAAUUAUCAAUAUUUUUUAUCAUUGUAGGUCCAAAAUGCCAGAGCUCCAAGAGCUAUAAUACUAUAAUGCUCUACAAUAUGGAUGUAAAUAAGCACAGAUGACAGAUGACUCACAGUGUGCAGUUUGUCAGAAUUUGGGUGUAGAAAAUGGUGAUAAAGUUCUCUGUAGGCUGUGUCUGUCUAAACUGGCUGCCAGCAUGGACAUGCGGAAAAAUCUGCAAGGACGGCUGAAGCCUGGUGGUGCUAACUCUGCUAAGGGUAGCAAACCACCUCAACAUGGAUUAUCCUCACACUCUGUAAUCCAGGAUUUUGCCAUGUCAAAACAAUCAUGUUUGAUUUUGAUUAUUGUUCUGGACUUUUCUUAAUUUCUGCGUAAACAGUUAGGAAAUUAGUUCAACCAAUUAGACCAAUUCACUGAGACCUGCAUCCUGCUGGUCACUUGUCAUGUCAAAUUUAAAAGAUUUUUUUAACCAAGAUUUUUUAACCCUUUACACGGUUCAUUUGCUUAUUUGUCCACCAUGAGUGUAAAACAGGAGAUUACAAUAACACUGCAUGUGCAAGUAUUGGUCCACUUUGGUCAUUACUGCAAACACACAAUGAACAUUUGUAUCCACUUGAGAAGCUCUAUGACUCCAAAAGUACUAGAGGAGUCCAGUCAAACAAAUAAUAUGUUUACGUGUGCACAAAGACAAAAAAGUAGAACACCCAGAAAAUGUCCUUUCAAGUAAACUUAAGUGGCAAUCAAAUAGAUUUAUUAGACUAAAUUCAUUUAUAAGACUUGAAUAAAAAAAUCUCUUUGCAAUCUCUCUUUGGCAGAGAGUGAACCAUGUUUUAUCUUUCAAAGUUCCUUAUUAUUUUUUGUUUUAGGUCGUUUUGUAGCCGUGGAUGCUGCCAUACCAGAAGACCAGGAUGAUGAAAAGAGUGCAGAUACUGGUCCACAGAAAGAGACCAUUGGGAUCCUGUUGAGCCCGGCUCUGGAGCAGGGAGAGUGGAGCUGUCUGAGGCUCGUCUAUCAGAUCAGCGGGUCGGGGAGCCUGACGGUCCUGCAGCGAACAGAGGGAAAGAGCUUUGACAAGCCGCUGUGGAGCAGCCAGGAGCCCUCUGACAGCUGGGUCAUCUCAAGCAUGGACCUGCAGAACAACACCGAACCUUACAGGGUAAAACACUUCAAAGUGCCUCUUAUCUUUGUUUAAAUCUGAGAAAUAAUGAGAAAGGAGGAAAGGAAACAAACUUCAAAUGACAAUGUGUAGUCCAAAGUUUACCGAAUGAUUCCUACAGCACACAAACUUUUGCAGGGAUUUUAAGUCAGCUUUGUGUGCAUCAAGUACCAAACUGCAGACUUUUUAGCAUAACAGUUGGAGGGAAAAACAAUAUCUUAUGCUGUUGUUGAAAGGAGGACAGAUAUGGGUUGACACAGCACAUGCAGGCGUAUACUGAGGCCAAUAUGAAGCGUGUGGAAACACACACACACAUUGUCUAAACACUGUGGGAACAGUGCAGCCCAUGUUUAUAUUAAAUGCAGAGGCAGAGCCGAGUCUGACAAGGUCAGGACCUUCAUAAUGGAAAGUCGAGCCUGUACCAUGUGUGGGCCCCUCGGUGCAUAAACGGAACCUAUUUCUGUCAAGAGAUUUAAACUAGAAGACUGAUAGAUGUUUCUGCUCCUUUACUCUUACCUAACACAAACACACCACCUUUUUCCAGGCCCUUACUCCUGGCAUGACGACAGCUGGAUUUUGAACCACUGAGUGACCGUUAGAAAAUGCCCUCAUCGUUGUUUUCUUCUCAAACCAAUUUCCCUCCAAAAGAUUCAAACUAGUUUCCUACUGUCUCCAGACACUCAACAACAUGAUAGUGAUAUAAUCCUUCAUGUUACUCUUUACAAUAAACAAUAUGCAAAUUUCUUUUAGUGCUGAAUUGAUGAAAAAGAACUUAAUGGAAAGUAUUUGGUGGAAGUUUGUAAUUACUUCCUGAACAAUCAGAUUAAAACAACACAUCAUUUUCUCAAGGGUCAGAAGACAACCCGUGUUUCAGAUUAGGGACUAUCAUCUGGAGGUGGUUUGCUCAGCGCAAGAACUGGACAUACUUGCACAUGGAGAACUACAGACAGGCAACAAAAUCAUUUCUUUUCACAUCUGUUGGUGGAAACUAGACAAAACAGCUGAAACAUGUCAGUGAGAAACUGCUUCAUAGGAAUUGUCAAAUCUUCAGAGGAGUAGUUUUAGUUAUGGUUCCUGACAAAUUCACCAGAAAAAGGAAAUGCCUCUGUCUGUUAGGUCAUACUUUUUAGGAAAUAGUGUAGUUCUAACAUCACAUCAUGCAGGUGCAGGACAAAAACAAAGCACACUCACUCACUCACUACUAUAAGAAGUUGAUUAUAGGUAAAUUUGUCAAUACAGGAUCAAAUACACAGGGGACUUUAUUUCCAAUUUCAUCUAUCAGUGCUCUCAGGUGGCACUGCUCUAAAAACUUACAUGACUCUGAAGUGUGACUAUUUUGUCUGUGAACUUAAUUUAAAGCUGCAUUUACAAAUGCAGGUGAAAACUGGACCAUGCAAAGAAGAAACCAUGUAGAGUAUAAACUUGACUCAACAUAUGUAGUGUUAUUUCACCCAAAAUCUGAUCCUUCUGUCUUUAACAGUCAAAUGAAUCUGUCACUGAGAUACUUUCACACGGAAAAUGAGAACGGAUUUACUCUGCCCCCAACAGUGGUUUCAGACAGUGAAGAUAACUAGAAAAGCUGCCAUUCAGACAAUGACUUUUUUCAGGGAAGACCUUUAUUUUUAACAAACUACCUUCUGCAGGUAUCAGAGCAUGGCUCUGUAGUAGAAGGGUCCAGGUAAUACACUGGAACAUUUUGAACAGCAUCCUCACAAAAAGAUUUCAGGAUGUCGGUAAAGCUGUUUAUUUACCAAAGCAUGAAACAAAGGAUUAUGCCUCGUCCAUAGUUCUUCAUGCUAACUUUAUAAAAUAUAUCAAUUUUAUCAUAUUGAGUCCACGCUUGUACUCACAUGUGCGAGCUCUGACCUCAUGUUUUAACUACAGUAUGUUUUUCUCCUCUGUCUUCUUGCGUGUCAUUUCUUCUUCUUUAAGCCAUUUAACAUGAAGCUCACGGCUCACUAGAGCUUUGGAGUAAAUUAAAUUGCUGUGCAUUUCAUGUGUGCUCUCUCUCUAACCCUCCAUACAUUAAGUCAUAUUCGAUGAGCUCAUCCUUGUGUCGAUUCACAUCAUAGGUUGCAGGGUGUGACUGAACAUGUGUUGUUGAUUAGGUCGUGGUCGAAGGUAAACCUGGAGGGAGCCCCGGGAGCAGCGUGGCCGUCUUUGAGAUCCACAUCAGUCCUGGAUACUGCCUCGGUCAGUGAUUUCACACAUACAUCACUCCAACGUCUUUCUAAAACAAAGAGUAAUACUCACUCACAAACAAGUUUGAGAUAAGGAACAUCUGUGCUCAUCUGGGUGAUUACAUUACAACAGAAUGAAGGCUUUUUUAACUCAAGAGCUCAAAAGAAGACUGUUUGUGUCACUGAUUUCUCAUUUUUCUGGGUCCAGACUGUGACUUUGAAGAGUCUCACCUCUGUGGAUACAGUAAUCAGUGGAACGCCAAUGUGAACUGGUUCGUGGGAGGUGGAGGGGGGCAGCUCCUUCAUAAUGACAUGCCAAACGACCACACGUACAACAAUAAGACAGGUGAGUGACUUUACCUUCACUGAAUUCAUACCAAUCAGAGCCCUGUGUGUUUCAUCUCUUAAAAAAGGAGCAGGUGAUUGUAGCUUCAGAAGAAAUAUUCUUCAAGUAUUAAAACCCAAGAGACUAAUGAUCUCACAUUUCAUAGUUUUUGCCAAACAUUUGGAGCCAGCAAUCACAUUUUUUUUUCAUUGUUUUUGUUAUUAAGUCCCAUGAAAAACAACAAUUACCCGUGCAUUACCUCACUGGUAUCUGUUACACUUUCUGUCUGCAGCAAUCAGUGUUAACCCCACUACUCUUCAGGGGAGUAAACACUUGAAAAGGGUCAUAAUUACAUCUAUUUUCAAAAAGUACGUCUCCAUUUACUGUUAUUAAAGAGCAGACUGAACUCACUGCUCUGAGAAUAACUUGCUGUAUUGUAAAUCUACCUGACAAUGACCAUGAUAAACAUGAUCAUAAUGGGACUUUGGACUGCAGGGUGUUCAUUCUGCCCCCAUUUACAUUAAAAUUAAAAAAUAUACAGUAUAUUUUAAUGUAUAACAUUGCACUUUUAUUAGACGGACUAUUUGUGUACACAAGGUUAACAAGUGUAAGUUUUUUCUUAGAACUCUCAUUGUGUCAAAAAUAAUCAUGCAUUAAAAUCAAUAUUUUUUAUCAAUUAUUGACAUGGUCAAGGCUGUUUUAGCUUUAUUACAAAUGUUUCACUUUGCGCCUCAUUUUUAGAAAUAUUGCAUAUUUUGUAGUUUUCCAUUGAAAAAAAUAAGGGGUUCUCAUGAAAAAAACAAAACAAAACAAAAAAAACUACAAAAAAAUUUUUAAAAAUCACAAUAAACUUUGUAUCUAUUGAUAGGUCUGAAGUUAUUCACAAGAUAUGAUUCUUUAAAAGUACAGAAAAAAUAUUAAUGUAUAACAUUUUUAUUGCACUUUAUUAGACGGACCAUUUGUAUACACGAGGCUAACGAGUGUAAGUAAAUUUUAAGGUAUGCAUAAGGGUUGACAAGGGUUGAGUCAACAAAGCAGGGCAUGCAUUCCUGCAUUCCUGCAACAGUGCAGUAAUGACGUUCUGCCCUCUUUAUGCCUCUGUGCUUGUUUAAUGAACCCUAUGACACCAUAUUGUUAGUGUCUCAGGGUGUGAUUUCACAUUGCAUCACAGUGUUGCAGAAACACAGCAGGAGCUCCACAUACACACGCACACACAGUCCUGUCAUCACUACACAUUGCCACUGUCUAAUAAUGCCUCUGUUACUUCCUCCACAUCAGAUCAGGGGCAGAGAUUGUAUCUCAAUAUUACAUCCUGUGCAUCACAUAUUGCAGAAAAUGCAUAACAGAGACACAAAUGUCCUGACUUAGACUAACAAUAUGUAAGAGGAUGGCUGCUUUACUUUUGAUAUUUGGUCAAAGGCAACCAAAAUCUGAGUUUGUCUGUAAUUCAGACACAAGUUCUGAUUCUUCAUCCAAGAUUCUGAUACAGAUGCCAAGACAUGUUGUACCAAACCUGACUCAUAUUUAAUCACCCUCUCAGGUCACUUCAUGUACGUGGACUCCAUCUACGCAAAGACCUUUAAAGAGGUGGCAAAACUGAUGUCUCCCAUGACGAUGGUGCCGAUGUACGGCUGCCUGAGCUUUCAGUACCAGCGGAGCGAGGAGAGAGGAAACCUGUUCUCUGUGUUCACCAGAGACAGACUGGGUCAGUACCAGGAGAUGUGGAGGGCGGGACCGGAGAACCAGAGCGAGUGGAGCAGGACGCUGGGGGAAUGGAUACCCGUGCAGGUGGACCUGAAGGCACCAUAUUCAGUGCAGGUUAGUGUGAAAACAGCGUCUGACCUUUAUUUAAGGAGCAUUUUAAAGUCCUAAAAGAUCAUUUCUAUAUGCGUAUGUUUUGGUUGUUUGCUGACGUUGUUUGGUAAAGAUGGACUUGAGAGUUAAACUGGAAUACGCUUUCAAGGAAGACUUUCUUCCAACUUUCCUCAUGAUUGAUUGUCUUGUUUUCUUUCUCCCUCUUUCCCCUUCACCCUCUGUUCAAGUAUCCUCUCUUUCUCAGCUCCACAUCUUUUGAUUUAUUUGUUUUUUUUUCAUACUGACUGAUGUAAUAUUUCCACUUCCUCUCCUCUGAUUUCAGCUGGCUGUGAUGUCUGAAAAGUCACAUCCUCGUGGCUUGUCAAAACUGUAAUUUCUGCUCUUUGCACGUAGAUUUGGCUUCUGUGAGCGUGUGCAUCUUGCAUGCACAUGAUGGCAUGCAGCUUUGUUAAUGAGCAUCUGUCUUUCGCUCCAGGUGGUCUUUGAAGUGGCCUUUAACAGCCCGAGAGGAGGACGCGUUGCAGUUGAUGACAUUUCCUUUUCUCCAGAGUUUUGCAGCACAGACUCUGGUGAGGAGCAGCACAGUUACAUAAGAUUAAGUCCCAACAAGCUCAUUUUCAUAUUUGAAUUGUUAUUUUUUUCUGGAUGAGCAUCCUUAAAAGCCUUAAAUGUUGUUACUUCAGGGUUUAGAGGAGUGUACAGAAGCUGAAAACUUUGGUUUCUGGGUUUUGGGUGGAUUUUGGAUUUUGAUAUUUCCUCUGUAUGAUCCAAACUGAAAAUUUGACCUAGUUUUGCAGCUAAAGGAAAGUCAGAAGCUUCUAGAAAAGUGUGUUUGCUCGGGAGUAUAAAUAUCCAAAACAUGUGUCAUACGAUUCUUAUUGACAAAUCUUAUACUCAAAUUUGAUUAAUCCAUUUCAGUAAUCAUUAAUCCAGAUCCGCUUGCUGAUUCCAUAUAUUUUCUCCACAGAGCCAACCUUUGACCCCUCCAUCGCCAACUGUGACUUUGAGUCAGGUUUCUGUCAUUACUCUCAGGAUCAGGGGAUGGGGUCCUGGAGGAGAGUGUCUGUAAAGCCAAACAUAUUCAGGAAUGGCGACCACACCACGGGAGCAGGUGGGUUACAGCGAGCAAUAUCUGAUUUUUCACAUUUUAAGACAUCUGAGUUAGUUUGCCGGGCCUGAGGAUGACUCCUGUCUGUAUUCAGGUAUUAAAGCGUAGUGCAGCUGCAGUGGUAGCCGAGUGAAGCCUUUUAAAAACACUAAAACACCACAGCUGGUAUUUUAGCCUAUAAAAGUGUGGUAAAGAGAGAUUUGAUUGUGGCUGUGUGUCUGUUUUGGGGCGAAAGGAGUAAAACUUUUACCGGGAUUGUGGUUGAACUUCAAAAAAAAAAAACUUCCAAAAAGUUUCAACUAAGACAAGUUGUGGGUAAGAAUUGUGAAAAUUCAUGGUAGGAAAAAGAAAGCUUUGAGCGACGAUGAUGAUGAUAAUGUCCAACUUUUCCUUCCAGGAUCUUUCCUGUUGGUUCACUCCCAGCUGAAUCCAAACUCUGGGUAUGUUACCCGCCUGGUCGGUCCAACUCUCCCUGGAAACAUGAAGUUCUGUCUGAGAUUUUUCUUCUCUCUGAGGGGUGAGUGGCACCAAAUAUCUCUUUAGAUACGCGGUUGUUCUGUAUGUGACUCUGUGUGUGCAUGUGUGUGAAUCCUCUGCUGUGAUUAAUUGUGCUGACUCACCAAGCAGGAAUAACUGUGGCAACGGCAGGUUUCAACCAGACGGACCGGGCUCUUGGUGUUUAUCUGCAGCCGCAGCAGAAGAGCAGCAGCCAGGAGAAGAUCUGGACUCAAGGGGAGAAAUCCAGAGGAAUCUGGAUCGGGGCAGAUGUCACUUUCCAAACGUUGCAGCCUUCCAAGGUCAGCAGGGAGGAAAUGGAAAUAUUACAUCAGUCAGAAUAAAAAUAGAGAAAUCCAAAGAUCUAGAGCUGAUGCAAAGAGAGGAUCUCAGUGGUGACAAACAAACUUAGGAAAAAGUUUGUUGAUCACAGAAUAAUGUGCUUUAGCAUGGUAUCAAUCUGCUAUUGACAUUCACUUAUUUAAAUACUGUGAUUAUACUAUGCAUACUAUUUUACUUGAUGCAUACUAUUUUAAUAUUCUGUGUUGUAUUUAUGCAUACUAUUUUACUAUUUACUAUUUUGUGGUAUACUAUUUUAACUAUGUUUUACUAUUUGGCAUUGCAUAUAGUGUACGCACUUGUAUAUUAUCUCUUUAUUUCAACUUAUUUGAUCUAUUAUUUAUCUCGUCUUUCUACUUUAUUUACACUGGAGUUACUGUAACAAAAAGCAAUUUCAGUAACCCUUUCUUUUACGGUACACUUAUUACCAGGUAAUUAACAGGUAAUUACCUAGUGACAACAUGAAAUUAUCUGGUAAUUACAUGAUAACUACUAAGUCAAUACUGUCUAGCUACCAGGUAGGUAACCUUCCAUCAUCAAACAAAUUUGAAGCCGAAUUGCUCUGGUAUUUCCAGGAUUUUCUCCGCUUCCUGGAACCACCUCUUGCGCAGUAGCAUUGUACGCAUUUGGCGGGUGAGUCGCUGUGAUAAUGCUCGGCUCAAACACCGUAUCACUACGCAAUCUUCGCACGCCCAUAGGCUGUAUCAAGUGUCAAUCAUAGAAAAUAAGAACUCCAAAUAACUUUUGAAAAUGGAGCUGCACAGAAAAAAGUGUACCGUAAAAGAAAGGGUUACCGCAAUUUCCCCCCUGGGCAUUAUUGAAGUAUUUCUGAUUCUGAUUCUGAUUAAACGUACAACUCAAUUCAGUGGCCCUCACAAUCUGCUGUUAUUGGCUACAGCAAUAAGCUCUAAAUUGCAGUUUUAACAUGCUAACUUAUAUCAGGUAUGAAUGCUAGCAUUUAUCGCACAGGAAAAUUUAUGCACGCUCAUUUUCACGUAAAGAUAAAACUUGAGAGCUCAUAAAAAGUCAACUUUGAAGUGAGAGAUUUGUGUCUGAGUCUGUGGAGGAAAUUUCACUACCACAAAAGAAAAGGAAGUAUUACUGAAACACACAAAAAGACUCAAAGAGAAGAUUUGGCAGAAAAUGAGGAAAAGAGCAGGUCAGAAAUAGAGACAAACAUGCUAAACUGAUUUAAAAACUACUAAGAAGCAGAUGAUAUGAUGUGUUCUGAGUUUAAACAAUGCUCUGAGGCAUCCUUUACUCUGUCCUUUUGUUCCUCAGUUUACACACUGAUCCACUUACAAACACACUGCAUUUCACUGACUAUUUCCUUGAGAGUGACACACUAACAACAGAGCAGAAAAGUGAAGAAUAGCCACAUCAAAAAGUUGGUGUUUCUGGUUCUAUCCAAGCGGAUCUGUUGACGAUUAAUCGCUGAAAGACUGUAAGAUUUCCUCCAGGAUGUUUGCUGACAGUAAAAAGCUCUCUCUCUCUCUCUCUCUCUCUCUCUCUCUAUCUCUCUGUCUCUUUCUGUUCAGGUGGUCUUCGUCAGCACCUGCAGGAGCUUCUGGGACUGCGGCUCUGUAGCUUUGGAUGACAUCAGUGUUAGCCUUGGGGACUGUGAGCUAACUGCAGGUACAAAUGAAUCGAAUGAAACACCUCUUAUUCAGAUAACUAAGGCACACAAAAUUAGAGAAGUAAGCUACUGAGGAGCAAAUGAGGAAAAUAAAAUGAAACUAAUGAGGAACCCAUAAGUCACUGAGGAACUAACUAUUGCUUAACCAUUACCUACCUUUUUUGUGUACCUUAAAGUAAAGUAAGACAUCAUUAGGACUAGUUUAUGAGUACUGAAUCAUUACUUCAUCAUGGCCAUGUGUACUGUCUUGGACAAACUGGCAUAUCCUAAUGAGUUCCUAAUUAGUUCCUCAGCAACUGACCAAAACUGAAAUUUGGUCAGGAGUUCCUGAAGAGCUAAACAUUAACUAGCUGUUAGUUAAUUAUUAGUUCCUCAGUAACUACUCCUCUGAAAUUUGGUCAGGAGUUCCUGAAGAAUGGACGAUUAACUAGUUGUUAGUUAAUUAUUAGUUCCUCAGUAACUACUCUAAUUUUGUGUACCUUAGUCCCUCAGUAACUAUACUCUAAGUUUGUGUACCUCAGUUCCUCAGUAACUAUUCAUGAGUUCCUCAUUAACUACUGUAAUUUUGUGUAGCUUAUUGUAUAGUGUUACCCUUAUUCAUUUAGAAGGGGUGAUGCACAUUUCUGUACACUUUCUUACUUAUACACCCUUCAAAUAACAGAAGAAACUGCAUGGAUGACUUUAGACCAGGCCUUAGUUUGUCUUUGCACAGCUAGACCAACUUACACACACAGAUCCCUUCUUUGUUCUGCUGCAGGUAUGUUAUCAUCACCUCUACCAGGUCACUGUGACUUUGAAAAAGGUCUUUGCGGUUACACCCAGGACAAAAAGAACGACGAUGCGGACUGGGAAUUGAGGAGAGGACCCACCCCAACCUCGUACACCGGGCCCAGAGGAGACCACACCACAGGACUGGGUGAGAAAUCUGCUUCAGAUCUCCUUAUCAUGUCAGAAACGGAAUUUACGGUAACACUGUAUUUAACGCCCAUCUCUAUAACACAUUAUAAAUAUAUGUAUAAUGUGUUAUAAUCACAUUUUAGCACUGUAUAACUAUAGUAAUAAACACUCAUAAAUGAUCAUAAUGCUUUAUAGCAAUAAUCAUAACACAUUAUAAAGCAUUUGAUCAUGACUUACAAGGUCAGGUAUUAUUAGUGUUUAUAACGAUAGUUAUACAAGUUUAUAAGCAAAUUAUAACACAUAAUAAAUAUAUGUAUAAUGCAUUAUCUAUUGUCAGUGAGUUAUUAACAGUUAUAACACAUUAAAAUACCUAACCUUGUAAGUCAUGAUCAAAUGCUUUAUAAUGUGUUAUGAUUGUUGCUAUAAAGCAUUAUGAUCAUUUAUGAGUGUUUAUAACUAUAGUUAUACAGUGCUACAACGUGAUUAUUACGCAUAAUACAUAUAUUUAUAAUGCGUUAUAGAGAUAGGCGUCAAGUAAAGUGUUACCGAAUUAUUAUAUAAAUGCACAUAGGAUACUACCUACACAUGGAGGCAUCACCCUUGCUGCACGGUCAGAGAGUCCAGCUCCUGUCCUCCAUCCUGAGGGGUUCAAGGGGGCCUCAGUGUCUGCGCUUCUUCUACCAAAUGUACGGCUCUGGAACGGGACAGCUCAACAUUCUCCUCAGCAAGGACGGAGAGGUAGCGUUGCUGUGGCAGCGGACGGGCGAGCAGAGUAUGGCCUGGCUGAGAGCGACUGUGGAGUACCAGAGCGACAGCCAGCAUCAGGUGAGAGAGCAACGAGAGUAGUCGCCGUGAUGGUUUGAUCAUUCAAGUCUCAGAAGUGUCACAGUGUUUGUUUUUAAAAGAUUAAAAUAGUUCAAAGAAUAUAUAUUUCACAUUACAAUAAAUGUUGAGAGUCAGAAAUGAACUUGUCUAGGUUUUAGAGAUGAGAGUUUUCUUCCGCUCUAUUGCAGCAGCAUUAACAGUCCAUAUUAACAGAUUAGUCUUAGAGGUUGUUUUUCUGUGUCGCACUUUUGAGACUUGAAAUAAACUCGAACGCACCUGUGCUGUACCUUCAUUUUCAUGUCGCUGUUACAGAUCGUGUUUGAAGCCAUCAGAGGUUCUUCAGUGAGGAGUGACAUCGCCAUCGAUGACAUUGUCUUAGAAAGUGGACCUUGCACAGGUGAACAAUCUCCUCCAGAUGUUUCCUCUGCUGAAUAAGAAACACAUGAAACUACCUCUGUCUUCUCUAUCACCUUUCUAGCAUCUACUCUACUCACUUGUUUUAUCACUCUGAGGAAUAAAGGAAGGCAGGGCGUGCAGACUGGAUCAGCAGGGUCAAGCCGUAUAGCUCAAAAAGGCCCUGGCUCCACCUUCCUUGUCUUCUUUUAAUAUUCUAGAACCGACUCACCUUUUCUCUUUCUCCUCCCUCUGCUGCCUUCAUUCAUGUAUAGUCUUACCUAGCUGGUUUGAGCUUCCUUUCCUCCUUGUGCAUGUGGGGGACUAGGGGGCGGCUGAGCUCUGCAGGGGUGAGUUCUAGUCCAAACAGACUCCUCGCCCUGGCUCUUGUUUUCUCUAUUUUGAUGUGAGAAUAUGAUCGGAGGGAGGAGCGAGACGGUAAGAGCUAACCGCUCAGCUUUCUGAUGGGUCCACUUGAUAACAGUUUUGAUCUGCAGGCUCUCACUCCCCAUCAUCCUUGGUAGCUCAUACGGUGGAUUAUUUCACUUACGGGUAGAGUAUAACGUCGGGAUUAAUGUGGUGGGUUUCUUCUCUACGCACCUUAUGUUUAUUUGAAAUUGUAACGGAUGUUUUCUCUGAUUCCUCUGCAGAAAUGGAGAUCAAGGCCACAGUGGGAACCUCCAAUGAGAUCGAGUAAGAAGAGAAAAGAAAAACAACCGCGUAGGAUGCAUGAACCCUGUAUUUUUUGCACACUACAGACUCCUGACUCCUACAUGGCUACAUGAACAUGUCAGGAUGUGGGUAAAAAAGAAACUUCCUCAUGUAGUUCUGUUUUCAUGGAGCAACACAUAUCAGUUGUAUCAUAGUCGGCAUUUCUCUCUGCACUGUAGCGACAGAGGGUGUGUGAAACAGUGUGUUUCUUCCACUUAAUAUGCAUUAGAUUAAUGCUCAUUGCUCAAAUAAAUCCAGAAAGUUAAUUCAUA